AUGGCUCUGAGAUUAGCGAGCCGGAAGUUCGGAAGCAAGUUCUUGUCUAUGCUUACCGCCACUUCUUCCCUGCAUUCGCAUUCCACAAGCUUUGGUUUUAAAGAAGUGAGGGAAGAAGACAAAAGCCAACUGGUUGGCAAUGUAUUCACUAACGUCGCUUCAAAUUACGAUCUGAUGAAUGAUUUGAUGAGUGGUGGAUUGCACAGAUUGUGGAAGGAAAGGCUAGUUUCCAAGUUGAAUCCGUUCCCAGGAAUGAAGCAUUUAGAUGUGGCUGGCGGUACAGGGGAUGUUGCUUUUAGAAUUCUUGAAACAGUAAACAGCGUCAAACGCAGAGCAAUUCAAGAUCCUUCAAAUGACAAUCUACACGAAGAAACUGAAAUUUAUGUGUGUGAUAUAAACCCUAAUAUGUUGAAUGUUGGUAAAAAACGAGCCGUGGAAAGAGGUCUUGGAGAAACCAAAUCGCUUAUAUGGGCGGAGGGUGAUGCUGAAGCCCUGGAUUUUCCUGAUAACUCAAUGGACGGUUACACAAUAGCUUUUGGAAUAAGGAAUGUCACACACAUAGAGAAAGCUCUUGUUGAAGCUCACCGGGUAUUAAAGCGCGGAGGAAGGUUCCUUUGCCUCGAACUCAGUCAUGUGGAUGUUCCCCUGCUUAAACAAGUGUAUGACUAUUACUCAUUCUCAAUCAUUCCAGCCGUUGGGGAACUAGUUGCUGGCGAUCGUGAAUCAUACCAAUACUUGGUCGAAAGCAUCCGCCGCUUCCCACCUCAGGAUAAAUUUGCUCUGAUGAUAGCUGACGCAGGAUUUCAGAAGGUUGAGUAUGAAAAUCUGGUAGCAGGAGUUGUAGCUAUCCAUUCUGGGUUGAAGCUCUGA